UCUGAGACAAUGGAAACUGAAAAGCUUGUCUUCGAAUGCUAAUUACAUAGUAAACCAUGUUGUCAGCCAACGAAACUGGUAGUGAAAGUAGCUUAAAAUACCUCAACGAAAAACCGCCAGAGCUGGAAAUUGAAAUCCCAAAGGAAAGCGAUCUUACAAAUGAUUUCAGGGAGUUCAAAGAUGUCCAGCUUCCGAUAGAUAUCUUGCUCCUGACUGUGAAAGACAUCGAGUUUCGAAGCUCUUACUACUAUCUAAGAAAUGUCUUUCGAAGCUACGAGAGAGCCCUCGGCUUAGUGUAUUUCGGAGAUAUGGGUGAAGUCGGAAAUACGAAACUGAAAGUCGCUUUAUUCAAAUGUUCAGAGGGAGCAACAAACCCUGGAGGAGCACUACUCGCGGUAAAAAAUGCUGUGACGAGAUUACGACCGAAGGCUGUGUUUUGUGUCGGUUUUUGUGGAGCAUUGCACCGAGACAAGACCAAGUUAGGAGAUGUUAUAGUCUCUGCAAAGCUGACUACUUACGCCGACAGAACAGUGACGAAUCUGGGAAUCUAUCCUCGUGGCUUCUCUGUGCCAGUUGGUAACGACAUCGGUGGCUUGAUAAGAUCCGCUGGUUUUGGCUGGAAAGCCCCCUUAAAGAACCCAGAAGAAAGAGGGUCAGUGAAAGUGUAUAGUGACGGGGAGUUUUUGAGUGGCCCAGAGGAGAUUGAUUUUGAACAAAGAAGGUGCGAACUCGUACAUAGGUACCCCAACGCAAUUGGAGUCGAAAUGGAUGGCCAAGGUGUGUUUAGCGCAGCUCAUGACCUGAAGAUGGAAUGGGUGGUCAUCAAAGGCGUCUCUAAUUAUGCAGACGGCACUGCCUCUUUUACUGAACACUGGAAGCCUUUCGCUAGUGUCAUGGCAGCUUCUGUUGUCAACAACAUCCUCCGUGUGCCAGCUGUGUUUAAAGAAUGGGCUCAUUACACGAGCAGCGAUACGGGAAGAGCACAGAAUGAAGACCGAACACCUACUAUAAAUAAUGCAGCGACCGCGAGAAGGAACAGUCCAAACGAUAUAUUGGGGUCUUUGCUGAACUCAAUCACUGGUGAUUCAGGCCAGAUUAGCUACAAAGGACGAGAAAUUCAUUACACUUCCCGCGGAAGAGUGCACUCCUUGCAAGAGCCUUGGGUGUUUGAUGCCACGGCCUGGGACCUAGAGAGUGGAAUAACCAUCGAGGCUCGUCAUUACCCGAGGAGUCAGGAUGCUGCGUACGAUGCUGUGAAAAAACUCAAAGAAGAACUAAGGAUUAAAGGACUGCUAAGCGAGUAGUGACAAGGCGUGCGUUCUCUUAGAUAAUUCGAAAUUUGUCUCCCCUCUGAGUGUCGUUCAAAAAAGAUGAGGAUGAGAGAACACCUCAUCACAGCAUAAAUCAUGCAUAGCUUGAAAAGAUGAAACCUGUCGAGGCACGGAAUUUUGUUUUUUGGUUUUUUAGUUUUUGUUUUUUUGCGAUUUUAUUUUCUGUCGGGUGUUGUGAAAGGCCCACUGAUAUUUGCCUAAGUCUUUGAGAGUCUUGAAGGGAAAGGUGCGAGUAGGGACUAACUGCCAUGUACUCCUUCCGAGUCAAAAGGUACAAGGUUCGAACCCUAUCUGGAUAUUUAUUUCUCGUCUCUUCUUUUCUUUUUCCUUUAUUUCCCUUUCAAUUUGCAUUAUUCUUGAAAGGAUAUGUUAAAUAUGUUCAGAUCAAAACUUAAACUUGAGAACGUUUGACGACAUUGCUUUUGCGUUCAAAUCGAUGACAGUGUCAAAAUGUAGAGGUGAGACCCUGAAUAAAACAAUAAACUAAACCCGACAAAACCAAACUGAA